AGGCCUGGUUAGGCAUGUCAAGGUGUUGUCAGGAAAACUGUAACUGGGCAUUUUUGUGGCAUUGGUGCAGCAAAAGCUUCUUUCUGACACCUCGACCAAACAGCUCAUUUUUGUUCAAGUAUCACCGUAUUGAACUCCUUAAAAACAACCACACCAUCUUUUUCCAGAGCAGCCUGUAUUUCUUUUGAGGUUGCCUGUGGGUUUUUCUUUGAAUCCCAGACAAUUCUUCUGGCAGUUAUGGCUGCAAUCAUUCUUGGUCUACCUGUGCUUGGCUUGGUAUCAAGAGAUCCCUGAACUUUCCACUUCUUAA